AUAUAUAUAUAUAUAUAUGCAUAUGUUCAAAUUUGCGCGUGCGCAAGUAUAUUUGACGAAACAAUGGAAAAAUACGAAGUUUUGAAACAAGUGGGUGAGGGAUCUUUUGGACAAGUAUAUAAAGCAAAAAAAAGAUCCGAUGGUGAAAUUGUAGCUUUUAAAGUAAUCCGGAAGCGUGGUAGAUCGUUUAAGGAAUUGAAAAGCUUGCGUCAAGAAUGUGAAAUUCAACGACGUCUUCAUCAUCCAAAUAUUGUUCAAAUGCUUGAUUCAUUUGAAACAGAAAAUGAGAUAGUUGUUGUGACUGAAUAUGCAGAUAAGGAAUUGUAUGAGAUAUUAGGUAAAGCAGGUCGUUUAUCUGAACAAAGGGCACAAGUAAUAGCUUGUGAUCUUGUGUCUGCACUUUAUUAUUUGCAUUCCAACAGAGUAUUGCACAGGGAUCUUAAACCACAAAAUGUACUUCUUGAAAGCAAUGGAGUGGCAAAAUUAUGUGAUUUUGGAUUUGCUCGCAGUAUGAGUACAGGCACACAUGUAUUAACUUCUAUAAAAGGAACGCCAUUAUAUAUGGCUCCAGAGCUUAUAGAAGAACGCCCUUAUGAUUAUAAUGCAGAUUUGUGGUCUUUGGGUUGCAUUGUAUAUGAAUUAGUGGUAGGGUCUCCACCUUUUCAAACAACUUCUAUCCUUCAUUUAAUCAGGUUAAUAAGAUUUGAAGCGAUUAAGUGGCCAGAUUAUAUUUCACAAAAUUGCAAACAAUUCUUACAGGGAUUAUUACAAAAGGAUCCUUCGCAAAGGUUAACUUGGCCAGCUCUUUUAGAUCAUCCUUUUGUCAAAAAUAGACUAGUAAUAGUUGGUGAAAUUGGACCUACACCAUUUACUACACCUCUAUCUGCAAGUCAAACUAGAGAAAAACAGUUGCAGUUACAAAAUUUGACGGUGCAACCUACUGAUCAUCAGUCAAAAUUUUUGGAGAAGGCAAUUAAAAAGUUACAAGAACACGAAAGAACAAUCGAAGAACGCCGGCAAAAAACAUUUACGUCAUAUCCGCGUUAUCCAAUAGCACACGGUUAUUGCCAGUAUGAUACGAAUCAAUGUUACACUUUACGGCAUAGCGAACCAAGUGGAACGGAUUCUAGCACCAGUGUCGAUGUACUGUUAGGAAAUCUUAGCUUAAGAGCAUCCUUGAAAAGCGACUUACUCUCAGCAGAUCAUGCAUUAUGUCAAAGUGAUUGUCCAAACACCAAUGACUCGACGAAUAAACAAGACGGUUUAACAUUCGAACGAAUGUUGAGCAUUAAAUUACCGGUUUACGUAAGCGAACGAAAUCCGAAUGAAUAUCUGAAAGAAGAGAUUAAAUUACAAAAGAAGAUAGAAAUGAAAAACAUCGACGAAAGUAAAUUUUGCCUCGUGCAACAGAUCGUUUCUCGGGACAACGAGAAGGACCGUGAAAAUAACGAAUAUAACGCAUAUAAUCAAAAAUUACGUUCCCGACGGGACGACGCAUCCAAUGCUGGUCUAUCGUGUGGCAACAGAAUACCAGACUGGAAUCCAAAAGCUGUGGACAGACCGAUCGAAAACGAGGAAUGGAUAGCAUUCUUGCAACGAUCAAUGGAAGAAAUCAUGGAUGGCGAAGUAGGAUCGUUGCUGCAGCAAAAUUGCGUGUCGGUGUUCGUAUCGCCACUGAGAAAUCCUGCAGCCGGUUGUCGAGUCAUCGAAUACGUUGCUUGCCUCUUGUCCCUACCAUACGUUGUGUCCGUGGCAAAAGAUUCUCUGAAGAAGAUCACCCAAGUAUAUCUGGACGUUCGAGUGGUGCCGAAUCUCGUUUACUCUUUGAAACUUUUAAUGUCGAAACGUUCCGAGUCGGAAGGGGACAAAAAGUCGGAGCCGACAAAUGCAAUCACGCGAUCAGCAUCCACGCUAUCCGCCGACGAGUUACAAACCUUGGAAUACAUGAUGCUUGUACUUUGCAGAUUGGUUUACAAUAGGCAACAAUUUCUCACCCAAUUCUGCGAUGCCGUCUAUAUCGUAAACGGAGUAACGUUGCUGCAACAAUUAUUGAGUUUAGAAAAAAGAAAGGCACGUGUAGUCGUAGAUCUCGUAGCAAUUUUAAGUAAUAUAUUACGCUCCCAACCGGAAAAUGCUCAUCUCGUUGAAAAAGUUGUAUUGCAUUCGCAUUUAUCGGGAAACUCGGUAGAACAGCUUGGUAAACUGCUCACGCAUCGGCAAGCGAUACUCAGAACGAGAACUUGCCACCUGAUUAGACUGUUGGGUAGAUUUUCUUGUAGAGCUUUACAACAAAUCUGGUGUAAAUCCUUAAAGAAUUUAGUAGAGAAUUUAAUCAUGGACAACGAUCAAGCUGUAAGGCUUGCCGCAGAAGACGCAGUCAACGAAUUAAAGGAAUUGAUAUACUACAAUCAAGAAAAUCCUGUUACUUGAUGCAUUUUCUUAUUUUUUUUCCAAACAUUUUAACAUUUCAUUUUUUUGUAUCUGACAACAAAACAUGUGAAUAUUAACUUUUUUUUUUACCAAA